CACUGCAUUUGCACACUGCCCAUGCCCUUUCCGUCCGUCACCCUGGACGCGUUCCGUCACGUCGUUUCAUAUUAAAAACCAAACCACUCCUUCCUAUUUCGUCAAACUUCCGUCUCCUCCCUCUCUCUCCUCCUCACAUUGCCGCCGAGGAUAAAGACGAGCCUUUUCCGACCUCAUUUGGCCGCCGAGCAGAUCGUGAUCGGUCCCCCCCCCCCGUAGAAUGUGCCCCAUGAGGUUCAUCCUGGUGUUCUUCUCCGCUGUGCUUGCCGGCUACUUCGCCUGGAGGACCGUCCGCUCCUCCCCCGAGGUCGACCCCUCCCUGCAGGACGCCGCCGCCGACACCGCGCCGAGGAAGGAGGCCCGGGAGCUCAACUUCAAGAAGGUGGUUCAGGAUGGGUUCUGGGUAUUCGUCGACAUGGCCAGCGGGAGGUACCUGUGGAGGAACAUCAAGGAGAUGAGGGCCCCGGAGAAGGCCGCCAAGAGCUGAUAGGGUUUUUGAACUCCGAUCAUCGCCUUCUUCCUUGUAAUGAUCCUUGUGAAAUAGAUGAAUACGAAAUCCCCUUUCUCUGCUGAUGCCUUCGUCAAUUGUUCUUGUGGAUUCGGACAUGAAAUCUUCUUUCGAUUUCUUUGAUUGCGGUUCUCUUGUCAUCUCUGGGUUUUGUUGGUGGGAAUAAUGAAAGGAAUUUGCGUCAGAUCC